AUCUUCUGCCUUGUCUUCAUAUAAAUGCCGGCAGUACUUGCAUGUGGUAUUGCAGGUUUGGUCUUGUUCAAAUCAACAUCAUAACACAGGAUCGGACAUCAUGCAACGUUUAUUUCUUUUAUUUACCUUAUUCUGCUGCGCUCUAGGACAAUAUGGAGGUUUUCGUGGUUUUCCUAAUCAAAAUGCAUUUAGAACAACGCCUAGACCAACCUAUCAACCACAACCUCAAUAUACGCCACAGUAUAAUUCACCUGGUAGGUUUAUAGCCAUUCGUAGCCAGCAAAAGGAUAGUUACCCAGAUGGAUCUUAUACCUUUAGCUAUGAUACCGAGAAUGGCAUUUCGGUUGCCGAAAGUGGACGCCCUUCAGGUACCUCGCAAGGCCAAGCCGAGGUUGUCCAAGGCAGAUAUUCGUAUUCUGCGCCAGAUGGAACUCCCAUCACUGUCGAGUAUACGGCUGACGAGAAUGGUUUUCAUCCUCAAGGUGCACACUUGCCAACACCACCUCCGAUUCCAGAAGCUAUUAGACGAGCACUGGCCGCCAAUCCGCCAGGACCCGAUGAUUCAGAUUAUAGACAACCUUACAACUCAAAUCCUUUCCGAAGAUAUUAGGCAAAAUCUACUGAUCGAAUAACUCCAAAACGUACGAGGCUUGAAUUGAAUCGUUAUCUUGUAACUGGACGCGAUGUUUGUACAUAUACCAGAAAAUAAAGAAGAAUGAUUA